GCUUUUACGGUUUUGGCGGAGUAUUUUCCGAUUUACCCGCGUGCGGACGUCAAGAACACGUGGACUAUCGCUGAGUACACUUCUCUCUACAAUGAAUUCGUCCCGCUCUCACCAACAGCACACCUGGCACCCUUUCCCCUUGACCGUAGGCGCCUUGCUCUGCACAUGAAUUUCCACGAAGAGAACCCGGAGAUCAGCAGCUGCAAUCGCUUUCGCCAAGAAGCAGAAGAAGAAGAUGAUCAAGAGGUAGAAGACGAAGCAGCAACGAGGGACCAUAAGAUGAACAAGCCUUUGCACGAUGAAGGAUCGCACAUCUCAAAAAAUGAAAAUGAUCAAAAUCAUCAUGACGGUCUUCCUUCUCGUACGCGCACGUCAAAUCGACACUCGACCUCAACAACUAGAAAACCAGAAGGAGGUAGUGCCAAUCGUGAAAGCGAUUCCUCGUCCACGGCAUCAAGUCCAGUAACGAAAUUUUAUCAGUCGGGCUUCGUACCGAAGUCUGACGUUGACGGCCUGUGCAGUGUGGUUAGAACAACGCCGACUCUUGUUCGCGCUUGCAAGGACCGCAAGCACAAAAGGAUAGCACAAUCUUCUUCGAUUGCGCAGAAAACAGUGACAUCGAACGACACGUUUUUGACGUUGUCGUGUCCUCGCUAUGACCCGACGUCGCUGAAGACAAAAGUUACCGUGGACGAAAGUAAAACGGUUGUGGCGCCACUUCUACCUUCUUUUAUGGCGUCGCUCUCGCGCAACUUUAAGUGACAUAUGUUGAUACUCCAUCGGAGCGAGGAGUAGGCAAAAUUAGACGGCGAGCAUUUUCCUGUCUAAUAGCGACAGGGUAAAGACGCGCGGCUGCAGUAUUAGAGAACAAAGGAUCUUCAUCAAAGCAAUAGCUUUGCAUAUCAACACUACGCUGCUACUCGCACGUAGUUGCUGUCCUCUUGGGCAAUCUCUGUGCUGGCAUCUUCUUUAGAGAGCCUCUCUAAUGCCCCCGAAAACACGACUGUGGCAGGCGAACUGAAAACCUUUACCACGACAGCUGUUGCAGAAGGCAAAUACGAAACCAGGUGGCAACGACAAACCCUAUUCCCGACUUGCUUUUUUGGUACAGAAAUGUGGGAGAAUGAUUUAAAAGCGAGGCACAUGUUAUGAAAGGUGGCAUCUUUCUUCUCUUUUCGAUUUGUUACAAAGGACGACGAUACUAUACUCAUCUAGUAGUAUCUUGGCUUUUGAUAAGCAUUCUCGUGCUGAAAAACACGCGGACUCGGGAAUCAAUCGCAUAAGCACCAGUCCCAUGAUAGGAGCACGGGCGAACGCCAGGAAUCAAAGGUCAGGAUACCCUUCUACAUCUAGACUUGCGAGGAUGAAGCAAUAAUUACUACAAGAUUCAUAUGUCUGCAUGAUUCAAGCACUGGGGACUUUUCUGCAGAUGAGACCUGGCGAUUCGGUGUUUGAUUUUGGGAGCGGCUGCGGGCACAAGAUGAUGUGGCUGAGCCAGUUUUUCGGAUUAUGAUGUGAUUGUGAUUGAUGUUUGACAAGUUUCUGUUAUACCGGAAUAGCAUAAGAAAGAUGCUCUCUGUACGUCUACCUCCUCCCGUAAUCAUUGAUUCAAGGUGAACUAGAAGAGGAUCAAUGAUUGGAGCGAUGGUUUUUCGAGAGAGUACUUACCUCCUUGACUCGAACCUCGUUAAAGAACUACUUGGUAUGGGUUUAUUUCGGCUGAAAGUGAAUGAAAUCCUCAAGAGAUUCUCUCAUUCCUAGUGCGGACGUUCGGUGUUGACAUUGUCGAAGGAGCAGUGAAAUUUGCAAACCGGUACAUUUCGCCAAAUCCAAACUUCUUUUCGGAAGUUGGUGGGCCUUUACUAGACAGCACUACUACACGCCAUCAUACUUUGCAGACGUGGGACGACAUCAAAGCACCACUUUAUGGCUAUUUGUGGGAAAGUUGCAGUCUCAUGAAGAUUAUCAAUGUUUGCAGACCUGGAUACGGGAGCAGUAAAGCAUGGAAAUAAGAUAUUUCUUAGACUCAAUAAGAGUACAUGAAUCGUCACAGCCGCUUGUGGGAGUUCUUGCAAAGAUACGACAAUGGCAAAAUCUAACGCUAUAACGGCGUGACCAGCAGGGGAAACAACGAGAAAAAAGUGUGUCAUGUUUCGUAUGAAGAUUCUCUGCGGCUAGACUUCAUACCGAACAAUGCGUUUGACUUCGCACUUUCCUGCAGCGUAAUUUAAGAAUCCAGAAAGUCACGAUAUUCAUCCUCUUUUCAAGUUGUUCUGAAAAGACGAAGCAAAAGAUUGUUGAGAAAAGACGAGGCAAUUAUACAACUAAAUAAAGAUGGUGAUGGACUUCUAUCUGUAGAGGCUAAUUAUUCUAGAUUUAUAAGAUCUAAGUUUUUCAGCUUCUUUCGCUGGCUGCGCAGUGCGCGUGGAUACACAGCAUCCUACGAAUCUUGAAAAGCAAAGGAACGCUCGUGGUGAGCUGCGUACCGCUCUACUGCAGUCGUUGGGAGAUGGCACUGCCAGGGCUUCGAUUCAAAAACGAACACGGUAAUCCUGGAGGAUCCUGGUCCGCGAAGGUUCUAACAUUAAGGCUCGUUCAAAUUCCUACUCGCGAUCAGUCGUUGAUCCCAAUACGCGAUCAGUCGCUCAGUAAAGCAGAUAGAAGAAGGGCGGCGGCAAGUUCUCCACUGAAUUUGAACAGGAGAAGGGCUUGGAGCUGCUCACCAAAACUAACUCUUCUAGUACUAUUUAACAGAAUGAUUUAUAAGGUUUGGCAGCUCGCAUGGCAUGGAGCUGCAUGGAGCAGGUGCUCCAUGCGUUCCAUGCGUGGAAAUUUUUUCGGUGCGCCCUUCGGGCGCUCCUUCGUCAGAGCCCACACGCCUACAGCUCGGCACUCCGGGCGGGAACUCGAAGCAUCCAGACCGCCAGCCCCCGAGCCAGCUGCUACAUCUCCGAGCCCACUCACUCGCGGGCCGGGGCCUGGGGGCGCGCAACAAAUCAGCUUGCUGCAGCGCCGCUAGUUUUUACGUCACGCCUCCGCAUUACGCACAAGGCAGGGCUCCCGCGGCGUCAGUCUAGCCGACCAACCGAACCCGACUUCUACAGCCCCCGAUAACCCCACCCCCGGGUGGGCCGGGCGCUUGUUCGUGACCCAUGCACUCCAUGCGUGGCGAUGCUGUGUCUGCUCCAUGCUGCUCCAUGCGUGCUACAAACUCUCCUGAUUUAAGAACUAGAAGGUGUAAGUGGAGGAGCUUUCUACUCAAAACAAGGCUGCCUUCUAAUCUUCACAUUGGACGACUGGCAACGCUGCUUGGAGGGCGACGGCUUUCUUAACGAAGGUGGCGACGAUCUUGAGUCUCUGCGCGGUGAAGUUGAUGCAGAAACACUGAAAACUCUCAACGUGUCGAGGCGAACAGAGUUCAGGCGACGAAAGCAACAGAGGGAGCGGCGCGCGGCCUUGGAAACUGCAUCAUGGAGAGAAGAUCAGCUUUCUACCAAGAAAGACGAUUCCUUUUCUCAGGCAUCAGGAGAGAGUACCACCGCAACUGAUACAAAGGUCAGAAUUAGAAAGCAGCGCGGAACUACGCGGCGUCUUCACAAUGCACGACCGUCUUCAGCAUCAAGCCCGUCGUCAAAUAUCGAGGAAGAUGACCAGCAUAUCAGGCAAAAGGGGAUAUGGAGACGACAUUUCCUCGUGAACAUUCCAGAAUCCAAAAGACACGACUUGGGCACGUCGCGAAUCCGAGUGCUCAUCGUUCGCGACGAGGAACUGUUUUCGCGUGAUGGGGUGUUGCGUGGGGAAGAGCCCUCGUGGUUUGUCAUGCGAGAAGGAAACAUUAACAUUGUGGUCGCGAAAGAGUAACAUAUUGUUUUCACAGCAUUGAAGAUAGACUGAAUCAUGAAUAUCGGCCUCGAUACUGGGCUAAUCGCGCUUGGGGGUACUCGCCUCCUGAUUGUUCUGCCAACUGCUAUCUUCCU